ACAGGUCCCACCUCCUGCCAUCCUGAGAGUGGGGGCUAGGGGGAAGGGUCUCUGAUGGGCAGGGAGAGGUACCAGGGUGCUGAGCCAGUCCAGGACUGCCCCCUCCUGGCCCACUCAGAGCCCCCGGGUGUGAGAAGCUGGUCUCCCAUGGGUAGCAUUGGCCCUGCCCUAUCUCUGCCUCCAGCACCCAGGGCGGCCGCAGAUGGCAGUGUCUCUGGGGACAGCAGCUGCGAAUGAGUCCACGGGCCGACGCUGAGCUGCUCAGGCUGAGGCGGUGUGCUCAGCACAGAGCCCCCGGAACUGGCAUCUGCAGGGUGUGAGCUCCCCUCACAGGCCCACCUGGGAGUAGAGAGACAAGAGGAGCUGGAGUUUGGAGAUGGAGGUCAGAAGAGUGAGGGCUUCUCUCCGACCUACCUGGAGUUCUUUCCAUCCAUCCCCCUGCUUCCCUCCCCAGAAGCAAGCCAAGGCCGCCGCGAUGCCGCACUUCCUGGACUGGUUCGUGCCGGUCUACUUGGUCAUCUCGGUCCUCAUUCUGGUGGGCUUCGGCGCCUGCAUCUACUAUUUCGAGCCGGGCCUGCAGGAGGCGCACAAGUGGCGCAUGCAGCGCCCCCUGGUGGACCGCGACCUCCGCAAGACGCUAAUGGUGCGCGACAACCUGGCCUUCGGCGGCCCGGAGGUCUGAGCCGACUUGCAAAGGGGAUAGGCGGGCGGCACCGGGCGCCCUCCCCCAGUCCGCCCCGCCCGCCCAGCCCGGAGACCCCCAAGGCAGAGGGAGGCCUGCCUCUUGGCCCUCCACGCUAUCCCUCUGCAGCCUGGGCCCUCGCGACAGAGGCCCCAGGUGCGCUGGCAGUGGAGGUGGGGCACUUAGGUGCCUGGCUGGCCCAGGGCUUGCUCUCCGUGUCAAGCCGACUCACCCAGAGCCCAUCCUCCCAAGCUCAGGGGCAUCCUCCGCUGGGCCCCAGUGCCUUCGUGCUGCGCAGCACUCUGCCCUCCACUGGACUCAGGCAUGUCGAUGGCUGCCUGUCCUGAGGCUCCCGAGCCCUCAUUUCUUCGUGAAGUCCCCAGCUCCCCUGCCUCCACUCAGUGGCAUCGGCCCUGCAGCUUUAGGCGGGUCGAAGCCAACCCAAGGAAAGAACCUAAGAACCUCGUUUGGAGGGAUGUCAGCUUGGGGCAGCCCAGCCGCACCCCGCGGGGCUCAGGCUUGGAACUGGUGAGGGUGUGGUGGGGAUAUGCAGAGGGGUAAGACCGUGGUAGAGGAGAGGGUUGGGGAGGAGAGAGAGAGAGAGAGUCUGGGGGCAGCGGGCAAGCAUGGGGAGAUGAGAUGUGUAUAUGUGAGAGACAGCGUGGGGGCCCCAGGCAGGGCAGGAGGUGGUGGAAACGGGGUGAACUCCGUGGGCCGUGUGAGGACUGUCCAUAGUGGGUCCCAACCCCCUCCCUCUGCUGGAGUUUCCUAGCCCUUCCCCCUCCCCAAGACUGAGGCAGCAGGCAGGAGCCCCUGCCCUCCCUCCGUGUCCUGUGCCACACUUCUGGGGCCAAACCCAGCCCCCUUGAGCCAGGCCCUGCCAGACUCCAAGCCCACCCUAGAACCCUCCUCCUGUGUGGAGACUCUGUUGCCCCACUUUGGACACAGAUUGGCAACCUGCCUCACCCCGCCCCCCUUCGCUGGGGCUUCCAUCUUAAUUUAUUCUCAAUAAUAAAGACUUCAUGAUGAUCUC